CGUCGUAAUCAACUCUCUAAGUCGGUUUAUUUGAGUUCAUCCGGCCCAACUAGCCAAUCACAAACCCGUUUCGAACGCCCGCUGAACGAACAGAGGUCCUCUCGUUUCGCUAAAUCCGCCGAUUUCCAGAGUUCAAAUCUGGCUUCCGGUGAGCCCACUACGUUCCAAACUGGCGAACUCAAAAAACAUGGUUCGAAUUCGCUGAUGCAAUGGUUUAAGCAGGGAGUUCGCAAAUUGCGAAAUAGCCUGCGUCGAAGUAUUAGUCGAGAUGAUUGGCCAACACGGUCAAUGCCCUCUUUCCCCAUGUUCUAUCAGAAUAUGACGACAACAAAUUCUCUCACUCCGAUAAUGCGUCAACCGCCUUGGACUUCAAAAGCCACACAGCAUCAGAGCCGUUCGAGGACAGCUGUAGCUACUCGAGGGUCAUCUGGCGAUGUCUACCCGCUGCAUUCAGCUCACCCCCAUAUCGAUUUUGAUCGUGGAAGCUCUGUGUCAAACCUUCGCCGGUGCUUGAGUCUGGCUGAGAAUCAAAAUCGGGAAAUCGGCAGUGGUGGCGUUGGUUAUGGUGGUGGAAAUAUGAUGCCUUUCUCCAUGGACGUAAUUCCAGAGACAGAUCUUCAGGCGAGUUCUCAGAAUCUUGGACCCAACUCCUAUCUUCGCAGGGACUCAACGAUGGAGCAAAUUUUUGCAUGGCAGCAAGGAGCUCCUUCACUCCUGUCCUUGAAUGCAACCCCAGAUGGCUUUAACUGUGAGGAAAAAAGCUCUCAAUCCGAUUCAAGGCAGCUAUUCCAAGGCUCUGCAUUUCCUGACCCAACGAAUCCCAGUGGUCCAAGCUUCUAUGAAAGUCGAAACGAACCACUACCUGUGACUAAUCCCACUGGAAAUAAUUACAUGGCCAGAAGUGGACGAGAUUCCGGUUUCAUAGACAUCCCUUCUCAUCAGAAUUUUGCUCAAGUGGAUUCAUCAGCCUAUUCUGUGAUCCAUUCACGACAGCAUUCUGAACCACGAAUCACCCAAGAGCCACUAGAUGUAAAGCAGAUCUCAGAUGCCUUUGAGGGGUUGGCCACAGAUGCCUUGAACUGCUCUCCAUCCCCGCCACCUCAACCUCAAAUUCCUCAGAUGACACUCUCUGAAAUGGAUAGCUGGUGGACUUCAGGAGCUUUCACAGCUAUUCAGCAAAAUAAUAAUGUUUUGGGACGAGGAAUUUGCCAGAAUUGGAAUGUCUAUCAGAAUGGCAUCUUUACUUCAAACGCAAGUGGUGCGGGAGUAGGAGAAACCCAACCGCUCAAGGCGAAGUAA